CACUAACUAAAUAGUUUUUAAUACCAGCAAAAACAAAACAAAACCAAAAAUGAACAAAUGAAAACUUGAGAUAACCUAAAUGUCCAAUAGUAAUGUAUUACUGAAAUAAUUUUUAUAUUCAUGUGAAUAAUAUUUAUAUAUGGUUUUAAAAAUCAUGUUUUAGAUAAACAUUUUUAAAUGAAGAAAUGCUUAUUGUCUAUUAGUAAAUAAUAAAAAAAUGUGGUGUAUGGAAAGAUAUCAAAUUUGAUAGUGAAUAUAACAUGGAUAAAAGUUUCAAGAAUACCAAACUUUUUAUGAUGGGAAUAUGGAUUUUUUUAAGUAAUUUCUAAAAUAUGUUUAUCUGCAAUAAAUAUAAAAUCAAAAAAGAAAAAAUAUUUUUCCCAGCUAGUAAGAGAAAUAAUAAUGAGAAAGUUUUUAACAGAAAGACUAUUAUUUAAAUCAAGAGCUAAAGAAUUUAGACAUAUUUCUCACAUAUACGUAUAUAUGCAUACGUAGAUCUUUUAGUCAUCUCUUUUAACUACUAGUUUAAGUGUGUUAGAUUUUCGUUAAAGAUAUUUUCUUGUUUUUUCCAAAGAUGUGUUCCUUUGUCUUUUUGGUCCCCAAAUAUUGAUUUUUAAUGUUUUGAAUAUUUUGCAGAGUACCAAGUGGUUGGUUAGCUCAAGUGGAGGAUUAUAUAUCUCAUGACUACCUUUCUUUUCCGUUAACAUCAGCUUUCAACAUAUGAUUUCCUCUUAUCACUUUGUUCAAGAGGAGGGGUAGAAAUUUUUGAGCCGGAGUAUCAUUCAGAGGUAAUUUAUUUCUGCCUUUCAUCUUACAGUCUCUAAGGGAUCCAGGACAGGAAAGGUCAAUUCAUUUUUGGUUCAGUUUCUUCCGUCUGCAUCACUGCAUGGCACAGAUACAGUCUUAUCAAACUGAUUAAGAAGAAAGAUGAGUGAUCAGGAGGUGACUUAUUCAACCCUUAGAUUUCUUCAGUCUCCUUCAGAGUCACAGAAUAGAUUAAGAUGUGAUGUUACUCGGAGUCCUAGAAAAGCCGCUGAUAAAGAGUUUUCAGUGUCCUGGAAAUUCAUUGCAGUGACUCUUGGAAUCUUCUGUUUACUUUUGUUGACAACAGUCAUAGUGUUGGUGAUCAAGAUUUUUCAGAAUAUUCAAGAAAAACAUCAUCAGCAGGAAAUUCUAGGAAACUUCAGCAAAAAUUACCACAUUAUGCAAAAGGACAACUACUUAAAGGAACAACUUUUGACAAACACCUCUUUAGAAUGUGAGAGUCUCAAAAAUAAAAUCCUUCAGCUGGAAUCAAAUCAUGAGAACAAAUGUCAUAAGAAAAUUGAGAUCUUUUCAAAAUUAUUGCAAAGUAAAGGCAUGCUCUGUGAAGGCCAUUGGAUCUGUUGUGGAGUAAAAUGUUAUCAUUUUACCAAGAGCAAAAAAAAUUGGGAGGAAUGUAAGAAAACUUGCCAAGACAAUGGAUUAUCCCUUUUGAAGAUAAAUGAUGAAGAUGAACGGGUCUUCCUUAAACAACAGGCCGGUAAAAAUAUUUACUGGAUUGGAUUAUCAUAUGAUAAACGGGAAAGGAAAUGGAAAUGGAUUGACAGUGAUACAUCUAGUGGAAUUAGUCUUCCUAUGAUGACGUUGCCUGCAAGAGGACAUUGUGUGUUUUUAACUGCAAUAAGAGAAGACGAUAUUGAAUGCACUAAUGCCUACAGUUGUAUCUGUGAAAAGAGAUUUGAUAGUAUUUCAUCUGCUUUAAUGUGUGAUGAGAAGAAAAGGUAAACAUGAAAUGUUGUCAUUUUUGUUUGUUUACUGUCAUAAUUUGUGAUUACUUACAAAUAAAUGUUUUUGACUGUAUGGAAGCAGAGAGAGAUGAGCUGCAAGAGGAAGAAAAUGUUCAUUACAUGACAGGGAAAUCUGAUGCCAUGUUUCUUUGUAGAAAGAGAUGAAGAAGAGCUUGCCUUUGGAGGGCAGUUGCCCUUUUCUUUAAUGGCUCUGAGGAAUUAUUCUCUCUGUCUCUCCUUAGAACCAAUUAAAGAACCCUGAUAAAUAGGAUAAAUCAUUUCAAUGUCUUCUUGCUUUUAUGACACAUUUAAGAACUAUAAUGUAAUUGUGUUUUGUUCACAUCUAGAAGCUUACCUCAUCUUUAAAAUAUUUUUUUAUUUUAUCAUAAAAUAUAAUUUUAAACAUGCUGAAUAGUUGCAAGGAUAGUUCGAGGAAUUCUCAUAUAUAACAUUCACCCAAAUUACCAGUUGUGGUUAUUUAUAUUUUGCUCUACCUACUUUAUUUUUCAUAUUCUCCCUCUUCUCUUCUCCCCUCCCCUCAUCUCCCUUCCUCUUCUUUCCUCUUUUCCUGUCCCCUCUUCUCCUUUCCUCUUUCUCUCUCUCCUUGCUGAUGCAUUUGAUAAUAAAUUGAUGCCAUCUUGUUCUUUUGUUUAAAUAUUUUUUAAACACAGAACUUGUCUUAUAUAAUAAUAGUACAAUGAUCAAAAUCAGGAAAUUUAGUAUUGAUAUAGUACUAUGAUAUAACCUAUAAUCCAUUUCAUAUUUUAUCAGUUGUCCCAGUAAUGUCAUUUAUAGGUAUUUUUCCUCCAUAUUUAGGAUCAUGCAGUGUGUUUAGCUGUGAUGUCAUUUAGUGUCUUUCAGUCUAAAACAGUUCUUUAGUCUUUCUUUUUCUUGACUUGACAUUUUAAAAAUCAACUUUUUUAGUUAUACUGUGCAUAUCAUAAAAUGCACCCAUUUAAAGUCAAAAAAAUAUGGGUUUUAACAAAUAUAUGCACCUCUUAUACACUAUCCAUCACCUGUAAAAGUUUCUUUCUGUCUGUCACCACCCACCUGGCAGCAUGCAAAUAGUGAUAUGCUUUCUUCCACUGUAAAUUAGUUUUGCUAUUCUAGAAUUUCAUGCCUCAUGUAUUCUUUGUAAUUGACUUCCUUUUGUUCAGCAUUUUUUUUAAUUAAUCCAUACUUUUUCAUGUAUUAGUAGUUUAUUCUUUUAGUUACAAAGUAAUAUUCUAUUAUACUGAUAA